AUGCCCACCAGCUUCACCGUGGUGCCCGUGGAGGCGCAGGAGGACGGCGGCCAGGACGGGGCGGCCCGGCGCGCGGCGGCGUCGGAGCCCCCCGGGGCCCGCGAGCCCGGCCGCCCCCGCCCGGGAGAUGGGACCCCCCGAGAGAACAGCCCCUUCAUCAACGUGGAGGCCGAGGGCGAGAGUUUCUUCGAGGGGAAGAACAUGGCGCUGUUUGAGGAGGAGAUGGACAGCAACCCCAUGGUGUCUUCGCUGCUCAACAAGCUGGCCAACUACACCAACCUGAGUCAGGGCGUGGUGGAGCACGAGGAGGCCGAGGACAGCCGGCGGCGCGAGGCCAAGAGCCCGCGCAUGGGCACCUUCAUCGGCGUCUACCUGCCCUGCCUGCAGAACAUCCUGGGCGUGAUCCUCUUCCUGCGGCUCCCCUGGAUCGUGGGGGCGGCCGGCGUGCUGGAGUCGCUGCUCAUCGUGUCCCUGUGCUGCACCUGCACCAUGCUCACCGCCAUCUCCAUGAGCGCCAUCGCCACCAACGGCGUGGUCCCAGCCGGCGGCUCGUACUACAUGAUAUCCCGGUCUCUGGGGCCCGAAUUCGGGGCCGUCGGCCUCUGCUUCUACUUGGGGACGACGUUUGCGGGGUCCAUGUACAUUUUGGGGACCAUCGAAAUUUUCUUGACCUACAUCUCCCCCAGCGCGGCCAUCUUCCAGGCCGAGUCCGUGGGGGGCGAGGCGGCCGCGCUGCUGCACAACAUGCGUGUGUACGGCAGCUGCACGCUGGCCCUCAUGGCCGCCGUGGUCUUCGUGGGCGUCAAGUACGUCAACAAGCUGGCCCUGGUCUUCCUGGCCUGCGUGGUGCUGUCCAUCCUCGCCAUCUAUGCCGGCGUCAUCAAGACGGCUUUUGACCCCCCGGACAUCCCGGUCUGUCUCCUGGGGAACCGGACGCUGGCCCGGCGCGGCUUUGAGGCCUGCGCCAAGGUCCACGCCACCGGCAACGGCUCGGUGCCCUCCACCCUCUGGGGCAUCUUCUGCAACGGCUCGACCCUCAGCGCCGCUUGCGACGGCUACUUUGCCCAGAACAACGUCUCGGAGAUCCAGGGCAUCCCCGGCGUGGCCAGCGGCGUCCUCCUGGACAACCUGUGGAGCACGUACGCCGAGAAGGGCGCCUUCGUGGAGCAGCCGGGCGUGGCCGCAGCACCGGUGCCCGAGGAGAACCGGGCGGCUGGGCUGCCCUACGUGCUAGCCGACAUCACCACCUACUUCACCAUGCUGGUGGGCAUCUACUUCCCCUCCGUGACCGGCAUCAUGGCAGGCUCGAACCGGUCUGGGGACCUGCGGGAUGCCCAGAAGUCCAUCCCCACGGGGACCAUCCUCGCCAUCGUGACCACGUCUUUCAUUUACCUCUCCUGCAUCGUGCUGUUCGGCGCCUGCAUCGAGGGCGUGGUCUUGCGGGACAAGUUCGGGGAGGCCCUGCAGGGCAACCUCGUCAUCGGCAUGCUGGCCUGGCCGUCCCCCUGGGUCAUCGUCAUCGGCUCCUUCUUCUCCACCUGUGGUGCAGGGCUGCAGAGCCUGACGGGGGCGCCGCGCCUGCUGCAGGCCAUCGCCCGCGACGGCAUUGUGCCCUUCCUGCAGGUGUUUGGCCACGGCAAGGCCAACGGGGAGCCCACGUGGGCGCUGCUGCUCACGGCCCUCAUCUGCGAGAUCGGCAUCCUCAUCGCCUCCCUGGACAGCGUGGCCCCCAUCCUCUCCAUGUUCUUCCUCAUGUGCUACAUGUUCGUGAACCUGGCCUGCGCCGUCCAGACGCUGCUGCGCACCCCCAACUGGCGCCCCCGCUUCAAGUACUACCACUGGGCGCUGUCCUUCCUGGGCAUGAGCCUGUGCCUCGCCCUGAUGUUCAUCUGCUCCUGGCACUACGCGCUGUUCGCCAUGCUCAUCGCCGGCUGCUUCUACAAGUACAUCGAGUACCGCGGGGCGGAGAAGGAGUGGGGCGACGGCAUCAGGGGGCUCUCGCUGAACGCUGCCCGCUACGCCCUCCUGCGCGUGGAGCACGGGCCCCCCCACACCAAGAACUGGAGGCCACAGGUGCUGGUGCUGCUGAGCCUGGACGCGGAGCAGCGCGUGAAGCACCCCCGCCUGCUGUCCUUCACGUCGCAGCUCAAGGCCGGCAAGGGCCUGACCAUCGUGGGCUCCGUGCUGGAAGGGACGUACCUGGACAAGCACGCUGAGGCCAAGCAUGCGGAGGAGAACAUCCGGUCUCUGAUGGGCAUGGAGAAGACAAAGGGCUUUUGCCAGCUGGUGGUGUCCUGCAGCCUGCGGGACGGCGUGUCGCACCUGAUCCAGUCGGCCGGCCUGGGUGGCAUGAAGCACAACACGGUGCUCAUGGCCUGGCCCGAGGCCUGGAAGCGGGGCGACAAUCCCUUCGCCUGGAGGAACUUUGUGGACACAGUGCGCGACACCACGGCGGCACAGCAGGCCUUGCUGGUGGCCAAGAACGUGGACCUGUUCCCACAAAACCAGGAGCGUUUCAGCGAUGGGCACAUCGACGUGUGGUGGAUCGUGCACGACGGGGGCCUGCUCAUGCUGCUGCCCUUCCUCCUGCGCCAGCACAAGGUGUGGAGGCGCUGCCGCAUGCGCAUCUUCACGGUGGCCCAGAUGGACGACAACAGCGUCCAGAUGAAGAAGGACCUGCAGGUGUUCCUGUACCACCUCCGCAUCAGCGCCGAGGUGGAGGUGGUGGAGAUGGUGGAGAACGACAUCUCCGCGUUCACCUACGAGAAGACGCUGAUGAUGGAGCAGCGGUCGCAGAUGCUGAAGCAGAUGCAGCUGUCCAAGAACGAGCGGGAGCGCGAGGCCCAGCUGAUCCACGACAGGAACACAGCGUCUCACUCCGCGGUGGCCGCCCGGACCCAGGCCCCGGCCACCCCAGAUAGGGUGCAGAUGACCUGGACGAAGGAGAAGCUCACCGCGGAGAAGCACAGGAGCAAAGACCCCAGCUUCAAGGACCUCUUCAGCCUGAAGCCGAACCAGUCCAACGUGCGCAGGAUGCACACGGCCGUGAAGCUCAACGGCGUCGUCCUCAGCAGGUCCCAGGACGCACAGCUGGUCCUGCUGAACAUGCCGGGGCCCCCCAAAAACCGGCAAGGGGAUGAGAACUACAUGGAGUUUCUCGAGGUCCUGACCGAGGGCCUGAACAGGGCGCUGCUGGUGCGGGGCAGCGGCCGCGAGGUGGUCACCAUCUACUCCUGACAGCCUCUGGACGCGGGGCUGCGGCGGCGCAGCUCCCUGCCCAGGUUUCCAGAACCCCGCCUGGCCCUCCCAGCCGGCAGGACCCCCAGCUGGACACAGCCACGCCCCAAGCUCCGGAAAUGACCGCUCAGCCGCGCCCCUCGGCCACCACCCCAUCCAGCAGGACGCCCACGAAGCACCGGCCACCCCGAGGCGCGAGUCACCCCGCCCAGGGGCCCCAGCUGGGCCGGCACCGCCUUGGGAAGGGCAGGGCCCCGUGCGGCCGCUGCACUUUACCCCAACUGUCCGGGUAACCGUGCGGGCGCCCCGCCGCCAGGGCGUGUAUUUAUUUGAACGUGGAUUUCACGCCCUCGGGGAGAAGAACCUCCUGCAGCUGCCAGGGUCCUCCGGCCCCGGACACCUCGGCGCCUCCCGUGCAAGGCUCCACGGGGCUCUCGAGCCCUCGCCCUCUGGUGGCCGCUGGCCGGGGAGCCGGCCACCCGCGACCGGCCUGUGUUGGUGCCCGGCCCGCCCCCCCCCCCCACACACAGUAGUCCGCGAGCCGGUGCAGCCGCACAGCAGCCACGGCGCCCACGGCCACCUCACGGCCUACUAGGGGCCUCUUCGUAUGACUUUGUUAGUGGAAUAAAAGCGUCUAAGAUCUGAGUGCCGAAGGCCUGUCUGGUUCAACGGGGUCAGAAACAGUGGGGUGCACGCCCCACCUGGGUGUCCGGGCCCGAGCGGGGCAGACACGGAUGUAGGCUGCAGAGCCCGUGAACCACGGCCGACUUCCCGGGGGCUGUGUCCACCUGGCCAGGCCCAUCCCGCUCCCUGCCUCGCUCCAUUCUGCUGCCGCGGAACACGGCACUGGGGCUGGCGCCCGCUCCACCCACCCUUGGCGGGGGCUUGGCACCUCCAACCCUGAGACCACCCCAGCCUCCCGCUGCAGACCCCCACCACGGCCCUGGUCAUGGGUCACCUGGGGUGGAACCUUCAGGCCCACCUCCCGCUCCUCCGCGCCCCAGCGAGCCGGGUCCUUGGCAGGCAGGACGGGCUGGGCACCCCACUCCAGACACCACAGCCCACGCGCAGCAGAGGGCUGCACCACACCUCUACCGGCUCUGCAGGUGGUGCUGCCCCCUAGCGGCCAGGCUGCAGUCACCAAGCUCCAGCGUGCACCUCAGGACAGGUCCCCAGGCCCCCCACCUGUGUGACAUGUGCACCCCCAAACUUGAGAAAUGAAGUGGGAGGGAAGCUGAGGCUGUUUUGCGGACCCCGUCUUCAGACCCUGCUGCCACCUGCCGCCCUUCUGGCUUGGAUGGGCUUCAGCUUAGGCCCUCGGCCCACGGGAGGUUUAAAUAAAAUUCAAGUCACAUGAGCGUUAAAGAAAUAAAAGAAAGUUCUGGAAAAAAGUUUAAUACUU